AUGGUCUGCAUCAGACAAGCACAGGCUCUCGAGGCCAGAAAGGCAAGACAGGUUGGAGAGGCUGAUGUCGACACGGCCGCGCUUAUCCCAACAGUCACGAUUGUCAAGUCCACGACAGUGAUUGCCGCCACUGUCACGUCCACCAUUCCCGGCAUCAACGCAGCCUGCCCUACCACGGAUACAGUUACGGUGACACAGUCCCGGUCUGGAUACUCCGCCCAAGAUCCGUACAAGUUCUGCGGCCGCGCCCUUCCUCCAGACUGCAGCUGCGGUGGCGGCCCGCGCGCGACGUCCACGCUGGUCGAGGUACAUACGAUCUCGCAGACGGAAACGGUCUUUGUCACCAAGCCGCCCAUGCGGUGUAGACCGAUUCCAACGCCUCCACCGCUAGACGGACGUGAGGAUGUGUCGAUGCCCCUCUCCACGGAGUGCGCGACGUACGCCACACAGUGGGAAGAGGUGCUGUGCUACGAUGGGUCGAACCGCGCAGUCACUGCUGCUCCUCCGGCCCCUACGGCAGCUGCAGCGGUGCAGAGCGGCCUGCCUCUCACAAAAUAUACAAGCGACUGCACGGUACACAUUGUAUACCGGUCUGCCCAGUGUCUGGAUCUUCGUCUCUAA